UUUAGGUGGGGUCUUUCUAAAUCAUUCGGAAGAUCUCUUUGCAUAUUUGUAUUUCUAGGAGAGUUUAUCGCAGUAAAUUAUUAGCAGUCGAAGUUGUCCCUAACCCGCCCCAUUCCCCUGUAUCUCUAAAUAAUGAAAUGCUCAGACUGUCACAGUAAAUAUUUAGUGUCUAGAGGGUCAUACAUUUGUCGAAUUCUUUGAGGCCAAGCACAGGUAUUUCAUGAGGUUUGUGACUAUUCCGACAAUCUGUUUUCGUGUCAUAAAUGGUACAUGUACGGUACGGCUUGGUACCAUUUGUCACCAUGGGGACUGUGGGAGGGAGGUUCAUUGCAUCGUAUGGUGCACAAAUUUUGUUACAUAAUUUCCAAAUGUUACUAUUUACUAAUGGCCGACAAGUUACAAAGCGGAUUUCAUCAUAAACUGUUACGUGAAUGGCAGUCUAUGAACACAAGAAUUGACCGUUCAUGUUUGAUUUACCCAAUUUUUAUAAGCGAUAUCGAAAAUACACUGGAACCUAUUAAAACUUUGCCAGGUCAAUUUAGGAUUGGUACUAAUAAACUGAAAGAAUUCUUGCAACCUCUGGUCCAAAAAGGACUUUGCAGUGUUCUACUUUUUGGUGUUCCCACAAAACUGGUCAAGGACUUCAGGGGUUCCUGUGCUACAGAUCCAAGAAAUCCAGUUAUUGUUGGCAUUAAAACAAUACGAAAUGUAUUUCCGGACUUGCUUGUUCUUUGUGAUGUUUGCCUGUGUGCAUAUGCAGAUCAUGGGCAUUGUGGAAUACUAACUGAUGAUGGUUCCUUGGAUAGCGUGAAAAGUAACCAAAGAUUAGCAGAAAUAUCAGUCGAAUAUGCUAAGGCAGGGUGUCAUGUUAUUGCACCAUCAGAUAUGAACGAUGGUAGGAUUAGAGAAAUCAAGCAACAAUUGACGAAAAAUUCUUUCAGCGCAACGGUAUCCGUUAUGAGCUAUAGUGCCAAGUUUUGUUCAAAAUUUUAUGGUCCUUUUAGAGAUGCUGCCAAAAGUGCACCAUCCUUUGGUGAUCGUAGCCGCUAUCAACUGCCUCCUGGAUCAAUUGGGUUGGCAAUGAGAGCUGUGGAAAGAGAUGUAAAUGAAGGUGCUGAUAUGCUGAUGGUUAAACCAGGUCUUCCUUAUUUAGACGUUGUCUGUAAAACAAAAAUAAAGUAUCCCAAUCUGCCAUUAGCCAUUUAUCAAGUGUCUGGUGAGUAUGCAAUGAUAUAUCAUGGAAGUAUGGCUGGUGCCUUCAGCUUAAAGGAUAGUGUCUUGGAAACAUUGCAAUGUAUGAGAAGGGCAGGAGCUGACCUGAUUAUUACAUAUUUUGUACCCAUGCUUCUUGAGUGGAUGGAAGCUGAUGAAAAAUAAUGUAAAGUUGGCAAACCAUGAAAUAGUCGAUUACAUUUCAAGAAAUUUCGUAAUUCACCCAAAUACACUGUACUCUUAAAGGUAAUUCAAUUCUUUUGAAUAUCUUUUGAAUGACAUUCAUAAACAUUCACAACAAUGAAAAUAUUUAUAAAUAUUUUUACAAUUUUCACAUCUUUUUACAAUAUAAGAAAAGCUGUAUCGUUUAUUUUAUUUUUUCUUUAAUGUAAUAUUAAUGAGACAAUGUCA